AUGCACCUCACCCAGGUCGUGCUCGGCGUCAUGGCCCUCGCCGUGCCAACGUGGACUACACCACCGCCGGCUGCAUUCGGCUACAACGGCACCGACUUCCUCCUCCGCGGCAAGCCCUUUGUCAUAAUCGGCGGGCAGAUGGAUCCGCAGAGAAUACCAUUCGACUACUGGCGGCGAAGAAUAGUCGCCGCCAAGGCACUGGGCAUCAACACCAUCUUCAGCUCCGUCUUUUGGAACGAGAUGGAGCCGGAGCGGGGCAAAUGGGCUGGCAAGAAACCAGCCAACAACCUCACCGACUUCGUACACAUUGCCAAGGAAGAGGGCCUGUAUGUGGUCCUCCGCCCGGGGCCGUACGUCGGCGGUGCACGAGACUGGGGUGGCCUGCCGUACUGGCUCUCGCGGAUCCGCGGCCUCAAAGUGCGAAGCUACAACGAGCCGUUCCUCAACGCCACCAAGAAGUACUUUUCCCGGCUGGCCAAGGACCUGGGCCGCUUGCAAAUCACAAGGGGGGGCAACCUGAUCAUGGUCCAAAUCGAGAACGAGUACGGCUCCUACGGCGACGACAUGCGGUACAGGGAAGCCCUGCGCAACAUGGCCGCCUCCCUCUUCGACGUGCCCCUGUACACCACCGACGGCAGAGACAAGCUCCUGCUCCAAGACGGCCAGACCCCCCGGUUCCCCCUCCGAGACGAAGCCAUCGCCGGCACGUCGUCGCUGGGCCCCCAUCUCGACGGAGAAGCACACAUCUCGAAACCGCUCCAAUGGGGCCCCGAGGCAAGACACCACGCGGGCAACGACGACCCCGAGCUCAUCGAGAGAUACCUCCGCAACCUACACAUGGCCCUGUCGGCCAACAACUCGCUCAACCUGUACAUGCUCCACGGCGGCACAAACUUCGGCCUCAGCGCCGGCUCCCUGUACACGGGCAACAGGACGAUCCCCUGGGCAAGCAGCUACCACGACGGGUCUCUGCUCGACGAGGCCGGCCGCACCACGCCUCUCUACCACAUCCUCCGCGCCGAAAUCCUCAAGUACCUCCCGGACGCGAGCGCCGUCCCCUCGCCCCCGGUGAACCUGCCGCUCAUGCACCUCGACGACGUCAAGCUGGAGCCCUACGCAUCCAUCCUCCACACCGUCAGCCACACCAAAACCCGCAAGAUGCCAGUGUACAUGGAGAAGCUCAAGCAGGGACGGGGCCUCAUCCUGUACGAGCACAAGGUGCGACGCGCCGCAAACGGCACCCUCCAGGCCGGCGACCGCCCCCGCGACAGAAUCACCGUCUACGUCAACGGGCGGCGCAAGGGCGUCAUCGACAGCUUCUACGAGCAACCGGCCGCCGUGACGCUCUCCCUCAAGGCGGGCGACGCCCUGCAGCUGCUGGUCGAAAACGCCGGGCGCACAAGCCACUGGCGCAAGGGGUCCGGCGAGACCAACCUCAUGGACGAUCCGUUCAAGGGCAUCAACGGGUCCGUCACGGUCGGCUCGUCCCUCCUCCGCGGCUGGAAGAUUCGACAGAUCCCCUGCAAGGAGCCGCCGAUUCUGAAGAAGCCCAUCGGGGGGUCAGUCCAAAAGGGAUCGCUGCCCAUCUACUACAUGGGCAAAUUCAAGCUUCCGCCUCUGCGACCAGAGCAGUUCUACUCCGAGAUGGACACGUACUUGACCAUUGAGGGAGGCACUAGGGGCAUCGUCUGGAUCAACGGCUUCAAUUUGGGUCGGUACUGGGUUUCCGGGCCGCAGCAGUCGUUGUAUGUGCCGGGUGCUCUGUUGAGACCGGGCUCUGCUAACAGAAUUACCGUUUUGGAACUCAAACCUUGGAAUAUGACUUUGGUCGCAAGAGGGGAGACCAUGAGGAAGUGGGAGAACCGUCCCGACCCGGAUGCACCACAAUCAUGA